AUGAACUCCAGAAACUACGAGACACACGUACCGCCACUGGCGAGUAACACAGUGACGAUCGCAACUUCCUCGACGGGACAGGGCCGCCUCCAACAACAAUUCACCGGUAUUCGCCCCCUCAAUUCCGUCCCAAUGCGUCAAGUUCCCAUACGAAAAGUGGCUCACGACGGAGGGGGCGGAGCCUCCACAAGCUCCGCCCAAUUUCUACAAAUCAAAGAGGAAGUUGACGAUGGAUUCGGAACGCCGACUUGCUCAUCGGGUCCACUCAUCGCCUCAACCUCCAACUCAUUCCAACAAUAUCAAAGGGGCGGUCCGACUGGAGGGGGCGGAGCUACAGUAACCUCGGGAGCCCUCGUAAUGAAUAAUAACGGGGAUCGAAGUAGUAUGGCAAUGGAUCAACCGGCGCCCGUCAAUUUGGCUGCGAAGGUGGCCGAAGUUUUUCUGACCGCCGGCCACGCAUUCCAGAAAUUGGGUGAUUUGACACUUCAAUUGCACACGACGACCGAUGUGGAUGAGAGUAAAUGGUCGGAGAAAGAGGUGGAUAAUUUGAAGAAUGCGUUGACGAGAUUUGCACAUGAUUUGGAUCAGAUUAGUAGUGCUGUGCAGAAUCGGAGCACUCGCCUCGUAAAAAACGAGAUCAAACGACGCCAUAUGCUGGCUGCCGACGAUUCUCAACAAGCACCGAAACGAAUGCAAAUGAGUGGAGUGGGCGGAGUCCAGGGACAACCGACGGGUACUUAUACGACAGUGAAUUCAGUUGGAAUGAUGUCUGGACACGCUGUUCCACUCGGACAGAAAAGAUUGGGUGGUGGAGGACUGACGAUGGGAAAAUUGAUGGCUGCUAGGACAAUGAUCCCGGCCGCCCGUUUCACGGUGACUCCGAUUCCGGGCUCCGCCUCCUCUUCCUCUGGGCUCCACCCCUCCGUCGUCAACUCUCAAUCUCAGUCUCCAUCACCCGCCGGAAUGCCACAAUUACAGUCUCAAAGUGGAGGACCAUCGACAUCGUCAGUGGGCGGAGCUUCCUCGUCCAGAAUAAUAUCGACGACGACGUCAGGAACGACGACGCCUUCUGGAGCCAAUAGUAGUACGCCGACGACGAUGACUCGAGUCAUGGCGCCACAAUUACAGCAUGGAGGAGGAGGUGUGACAAAGAAUCAGAAUUCAGUGGUGAAACAACGAGUCAUGACACCAGUGACGAUGAGUAUGCCCACGUCUGGAGCACUCGUUUUAGAGCAUACUGAUUAA